AUGUUCCAACUCUAUGUAUUCUUGUGCUUUCUGGCAAGCCUCCAGAGCCACGCCGCGACUAUUGGUCCAGUUUCUGACCUCGUCGUUGCCAAUGGCAUUGUAUCCCCAGACGGGUUCACCAGGACGGCAGUUCUUGCCGGCGGUACUCAUCCCGGGCCCACGAUCAUGGCUCAGAAGGGGGAUACGUUCAAGAUUAACGUCACAAACCAACUAAGUAACGAGUCGAUGCUAACGAGCACCAGUAUCCACUGGCAUGGGCUAUUCCAACAUCAUAGUAACCAAAUGGAUGGCGUGGCAUUUGUUACGCAAUGUCCGAUCACUCCAGGAUACUCUUUUUUAUAUGAGUUCAAUGCUGGCGACCAAGUAGGAACCUACUGGUAUCACUCUCAUUAUGGAGUCCAAUACUGUGAUGGUCUACGAGGCCCGCUGAUCAUCUACGACCCCAACGACCCAUACAGUUCGUUGUACGAUAUUGAUGACGAGUCUAGCAUUAUCACAUUGAUGGACUGGUAUAACCUGCCGUCGCCUCUGGUACAGAGACAAGUGACUCCCGACUCGGUGCUUAUUAACGGCGUCGGGCGUUACGAUGGAGGGCCGGAUGUGCCUCUCGCCGUCAUCAAUGUUCAGCCACGAAAGCGAUAUCGUUUCCGCUUACUGAACAUGGCGUGCAAGUCCAACUACAUUUUCUCGAUCGAUGGCCAUAAUCUUACCAUAAUCGAGGUUGAUGGCCAAUACGUCGAGCCGCUCGUGGUAGACUUUAUUCAGAUCUAUGCUGCUCAACGAUACUCCUUCAUUCUUGAGACAAACCAGCCUAUCGACAACUAUUGGGUGCAUGCCAAUCCCGAUUCGGGUACAAAUGCCACAGCUAUUUUACGUUAUGCAGGCUCUCCCGAUGCAGACCCAAAGAACAUGACAAUCUCGGACUUGGCAGCUCUAAAUGAGACUAGCCUACACCCCCUAUCACCGCCUUCAUCUCGUUUACUACAGGAACCAGACGUCAAACUUGAUCUUAUUCUUGGGAAAAAUCUGUCCAAUUUCAACUUCCUCAUCAAUGGCGUCCAGUACAUUUCUCCUAGUAUUCCAGUCCUACUACAGUUACUGAGCGGUGAUAUGACGGCGGCGGAUCUUGCACCCAACGGCUCCGUAUACACUCUGCCACGGAAUAAGGUUAUCCAAGUUUCAUUCAACCCCGAUAAUUCUCCUGGGGGUCCUCAUCCAUUCCACCUGCAUGGGCACACCUUCGCUGUCAUCAGAAGUGCUGGAAGUAGCAGUUAUAACUAUGUCAACCCCGUCAUGCGUGACACCGUGGACACUGGCAACACUGGUGAUCGUGUGACUAUCCGCUUCAUCACCGAUAACCCUGGGCCUUGGAUGUUGCAUUGUCAUAUCGAUUGGCAUCUCUACGCCGGACUAGCCCUAGUAUUUGCAGAGGCUCCUGAAGAUGUAGCGGCUUCGCAGCCUAUCAAUAAUGCUUCGAAGCAGCUCUGUCCGAUAUACAAUAGCGUUCCUCAGCAAUAUUUCCCUCUCCCUCCCGUUGAUUGAUAUUUUGUAUUUUGGACUAUGCCUCUUUUUGUUCUAGAGAACACCAAGCAGGAAUUUUUUUGGCAAAUGCGAUUUGUACUAAUAGAUUCAUAAUAAAGGACACGGUAGAUAGUAAAUAUCCCCUAUUUGUAAUGUGGA